UAAUCCGAAACCGGUUCCGGAAAGUGGAAAAUCAGAAAGAGCACAGAUAGAAAAUUAAGAAUUCCUUAUUUACAUUGUUUAUUUAAAGUAUGGAAACCUUUACAGUUAGAGUGAAUAUAGAGCUGAAGUCAUGGGCAGUAACUGGCUCCGUACUUGGUAGACAAUUUAUUGAAGAAGACAAAGAUGUUACUCAGAAAUUCAUACAGUUUUGUUCUGAUAAAUAUGGCUUAGCUACAGAUGGGAGUGUGAUAUGGAAAACUGAGACAAUUCAAUCUAUUGCUUUAGAAGAUGAAAAAGGAAACUCAAACUCAGAGUUAGCUAUGGAAGAAGACUUAUUAAAUGACAAAGGGAUUGAUCUUUCCAUAGACUUAGAUGACAAGGGGGUUGAUCUUUCCAUAGACAAAGGGGUUGAUCUUUCCAUAAACAAAGUUAUAAUGUCAACAAAAAAUCCUAUGGAUUUACAACAGGCUAAACUUCAAUGUAAUGAAAAUUUGAUUGAAAAGAAAAAACUACUGCAAACUAAUGCUGUUAGGAAGUCAUCAAGGUUAGAAAAUAAAGAGCCUAAUAAGUAUAUCAAUAUGGAUAUUGAAAUUGAGGAUGAUUACAAUUCAAAUGGAAAUAUAUCUGAAAUGGAUGAAGAUAAAGGUUUGGAUAAAAACAAAUCUGAAAUAGAUGAAGAUCGAAAUUUAUAUGCAUCGUACUCAAAUAAAGGAGAAUUACAAGGUGAAAGAAAUUUUGAAUGUAGCUAUUGCAAGUUAUUUUUUGUAACUGAAGCUGAACAUACAUUACACAAUAUUGACAAGCACAAAACUGUAUUUGAUGAUGACAAUAAUCCACAAAGGACUGACUUUUCUUGUGACCUUUGCCAUCGGCAGUUUUUAUCAGAAAAGCAGUUAAAGAAACACAAACAAAUGCAUUCAAGUAAGAAAAGUGUGACUUGCCCAUUAUGUCAAAACAUAUUUUAUAAUGAACAAUCAGUUAAAAAGCACUUAAAGAAGAUCCAUCAAGAAUUAAGACCUUAUUGUUUUCCAUGUCAAUCAUUAUUUGAAUCUGAAUCAGUAUUCACUGAACAUAAAUUACAAAAUAUUUGCCUCAAGAAAAAUAUAGCAAAUGUCCAGUGUAAAACUUGUGGCAAACAUUUCAUGAGCAUAAAAUAUCUAUAUACGCAUAAGAAGCUAGUCCACGGUCUAAAAGUCAGUAUUUGUCGAUUUUGUACCGAGUGUUUUGAUAAAAGAGAAGAUUUGAGUCAUCAUUUAGAAACUCAACACAAAACUACUACCACGUGUGAGGGAUGUAGGUUUAUAUUUAAAACAGAGCUGGAAUUCAACAAACAUUUAGAUGAUGUUCACAAAGACAGGCUCUUCAGAUGUUCAAAGUGUUCUGAUGUGUUCUUCAAAAAAAGAGAUUAUGAGAUGCAUAUGGAGGAACACACAAAUGGGUCAAAGUUCAUUUGUGACGAUUGUGGGAAAGGUUUUAUACACAAGAUAUCUUUUAAUAGACAUAUGAUAUCCCAUAGUUCUAUGCGGCCACAUCAAUGUGAAUCUUGUGGAAUGUGUUUUAAGCUACCUUCUACAUUAAGAUUACAUUUGCAAACACAUGUGCAAGAUAAGAAAUACAAAUGUGUGUCUUGUGACAAAGAAUUCAGGUCAACUGAAGGGUUAAAAAAUCAUAAAAUCAAGUACCAUAUGUCAGAGGAGGAGCUAAAAUCAUACAAGAAUAAGAUAUAUACCUGCGAACACUGUGGUAAAAAGACAGGACAGAAGCAUGUUCAUGUCAGGCAUAUGAGAUCUCAUACCGGUGAGAAACCUUUUGAGUGUUCCGAAUGCAUGAAAUCUUUUCCAACAAAUUCUGCUCUGAAUAUUCACCGUAAAAGUCAUGUGGAUAAAAACAAAUUAUUAUGUGUAACUUGCAGUAUGAGUUUCUGGAACAAAUCUCAUUUCAACAGACACAUUGAUUCCAAAAAGCAUCGUUGCCUUGUAGCAAAACAAAAACAAAACCUGAAUAAAGAAAGUUCUACUCAAGAGAAUGCAGAGCAAGCAAAAAAUACUGUAAUUGUUUUAAACAACAACAACCAGAAUUUGUCAACAGAGUUUGGGAACAAUGCACCAUCUUCAUUGACAUGCAUCAUAAUUCCAGAAAACUUCCAAAAUGUUCGUCUGGAAAACUAUGAAACUGUAGGAAACAAUGUUGACACUAUUUAUUUAAAAUCAUCAGAGUAAAUUGAGAUGUUUUAGAAUUCAGAUAAAAUAGUUUUCAAACAG